UUCGCACAAAGCGGAAGGGGAUUUGUACGAAAACACAGUUACAGCUAACCAGCCCAGGGAUCCUCCCGUUUCUGUGAUUGGCAUUGGAGGUGCCACGUGCUUCCGCGCGCCUAGCGGAAGCUGUACCGACACACCGCGCUGCUUUACUACAGCCAGCCACUCACCCACCAGACCCACACCACCGACACCCAGUCAUACUUGCCUGGAGGAGACAGGAGAGAGCACCAUGGCGGCGCUGAAUGGCUUUGAUAUCGAUGCUCCACGUUGGGAUCAGUCCACAUUCAUGGGCCGUCUCAAACACUUCUUUAACAUUACAGACUGUCGCACCGUCCUCCUGUCUAAUGCCAAACUGGAUGAAGCAAAAGUCUUAGUGGACAGUUGCAGAGCCAGCUCUAUCCCUCCAGGCACAACUGAGGAACAGCUGCAUUAUGCUAAGAAGCUCUAUGACUCAGCAUUUCACCCUGAUACUGGUGACAGGAUGAACUUGAUUGGCAGAAUGUCUUUCCAAGUGCCAGGAGGCAUGGCCAUCACCGGCUUCAUGUUGCAGUUCUACAGGACGGUGCCUGCUGUGGUAUUUUGGCAGUGGGUAAAUCAGUCCUUCAAUGCUCUGGUAAACUACACCAACCGCAAUGCUGCCUCCCCCAUCACACCAAAACAGAUCGGUGUGGCUUAUGCAACUGCAACAAGCACUGCAUUGGCCACUGCUGUGGGUCUGAACCUCUACACAAAGAAAGCACCUCCCCUUGUGGCUCGCUGGGUACCUUUUGCAGCCGUCGCUGCAGCUAACUGUGUAAAUAUCCCUAUGAUGAGACAACAGGAGAUCAUGAAUGGCAUUGCAGUCACAGACGAAAAUGGCAAUAAACUUGGUGACUCAAGAAAAGCAGCUGUAAAGGGCAUCACACAGGUGGUCAUUUCCCGAGUCACCAUGGCGGCACCGGGCAUGAUCAUCCUUCCUAUUAUAAUGCAGAGACUAGAAAAAUACAGAUUUAUGCAGAAAAUUACAUUUCUCCAUGCGCCAUUGCAAGUGAUAAUGGUUGGAGUAUUCCUGAUCUUCAUGGUGCCUGCAGCGUGUUCACUGUUUCCACAGAGAUGCUCUCUGCCUGUGUCCAAGCUGGAGCCAGAGCUCAGAGAAUCCAUCGUCUCCCAGUAUGGUGACGCCAUCACCCAUGUUUAUUUCAACAAGGGCUUGUGAUACUGUUACCCUGCUUCUCUUAGACUGGAGGAACAUCGUCUGAUCCUGAUCUUUGCCAAUCCUGAAAGACCAGUGCGAGUGACUGGUUACUCAUAUUCAUACACUUGGGACAGCAUGGGUUUCAAUAGUUCAGUUGUAUUACUUGUCUACAGUAUUCGACAAUGUUUGGGGGGGGGGAAUUGGGUUUGUUAUCAAAUGGAGGCCUUUAGCCUAAUUCUGAAUAACCCCCAGCACAUCCUUGUUGUUUCUCUGUUACAACUCUUGAGUUAGGCCAGACAAUCAGCAGAUGAACACUGAUUUCCUGGCUCAGGUGACUUGCUGGAAUUUAAUCAAAUAUGGACUUAAUUUUAAUAGAAUUGGUUUAAUGUUUGCCUGAAUGGAACAGUGGGUUACAGUAUUGCAUUGCUUUUAUGAUGUUUAUGGAAGAUAAUUGUUUUACUUGAUUUAGUUGCAUUCAAUUAAUUGUCCAUAAGGAAAUGUUAGAUAUUGAUCAAUGAGCUUUUCCUUGAUGUAUGUGGUCAUGAGCAGACUUUGACAGUUUUACAGCCAUUAUUAAUAGUGAAUAAGGAGAGGGGAUCUGCUGUUGCAUACUGAUCUCUCAGGAAUUUUUCAUUUAGGGGUUAUAUGCUUUAAUGCUCAAUUGAUUACUUGAUUAGUUCAGGUAAUUACCAGAUACCCAGCUGGUCAAGUGUGGAAAGUCAAACACUCUCAAAGUCAAACAAAGGUGUUAAAACAUGUUAAUUCUUAUUUUUUUUUUGUUUUGUUUUUUUAACCAAACCUAUGUCCAGUUAUGGACGACUCAUUUUGUGUUACAGUGUGUUGUCAUAUUUGGUCAAAUGCCCAUAUUAUGUGUUAAAACAUAGACUAGUAGCAAAAGCAAAUUUCUCGAUUCUUCGUUAAGAAGAAAGAUGUGCCUUGUGUACCAAAAUUCUUGGCUGGAAAUGAUUGUCAACAUUCUUCUGACAAUCUGCCUCAUCCCCUCAUCAGUACACACAUGAAUUUGUGCACUGUAUAUUCUUCAUUUCCAAAUAUUUAAAUAAAGAAAAUCCUCUACAUAGAAUAGUAUAGCAUUUUUUGCUGUGUUAAACAAGGUUACGGAAUUAUUCAUUAGAGCUUGUGGAAACUGCAUUGUUGUACUUUGGUCACUAGAGGGAAGUGUUUCAUUUCCAGUUAUGUUAACAGUUGAUGAACUUCAGCUGUUGUCGAGGAUGAAAAGCAAAUGGCUUUCUAAAAAAGCAAGAAGCUUUUAAAGCAAACCUUCACACCAUGGAGGAGUAUCUUGAAAAAUCCUGUGGGAAACAAAUGAGAGCUGCUAUUAGACCAAUAUUUGUCUUGUGUAACUGCAUGUUUGAGGCUGGUAACAGUUGGUUUGGGGGAUCACAGGGUGGAAUUCUAAUGUGUGCUUUGUAUUGGUUAAGUGUAAGCUACAGCCCUCAAGCUGCUGUGCCCUGUUUACUAUCUGUAAUAAACCUGACAUGCAGGCAUCAGCAAAGUUCUCAUCACAUUUUAUUAGCCUGAAACCUAUGACUAACUGAAGAAUCUGCCAGACAGCCUGAUGUUCUUUAACAGUUUUAUUUUUUUUGCUAAUACUGUAAAUUUGCCCAACAAGUGAACAUCCACAUAAGAAAUUACACAAAGCAUCAAAGACAUGCAUAGUCUGGUUCUCAUCAUACAACUUCUCUCUCAUGUGGUUAACACACAAGAGGUCCUGCAGUACUGUACUUUCAGCAAAUCUUUAAAGGAAAAGACAAAGGCUGGUAAAAAAUAACAUCAUAUAAAACAAAGGUAAUGACAGUAAAAUAUAGAAACAUAGCAACAACAAACAUUUAAAUUAUGCAGUUUAUAUUUCAUUACAUUUAAUACAAAGCCAUAAUGUAGAUAUGCAUAUUAAACACUGCCAACACUAUCCUUACAUUAAAUUCAUGUAAGUAUUUUAGAUGGGCAAACAUAUUCAUGGCAAGUUACAAAAAGGUGAAAAGAAAAACAUUAGUGAUAAAGCUUUUUAAUUUAAAGCAUAGCUUCUCCACAACACUAUAAGCUGUUUAGACCAGCAAAUUCUGUUUCUUCAACUCUGACAGCUUUAAAACCAAAAAACAAAGUAGCUGGCCAAACUAGAAUAGGCAUCAAUUUGAGCAACAACGCUCUGAAAGCUCGCUUGUGUUUGGCAGACCGUCAUUGUGUUAAUUUUAUACAGCUUUAGUACC